GUGUAAUUAGUUGACUAUGGGUUGCCUGUGUUUUUGUGUGAAGUAUUUAGUAGUCGCUUUUCCAUGGCAGCUGCCACACGAAGUUCCUGUUUUUGCUCUCACCACGUUUAUCUCAUCGUCAGCUUCCAAAUCCUGAACGCAACCCAUCGUGUUGCAGUAUGUGAGGUGCUGGUUCUGAACCACAAGAUGGAGCCUCCCUGCCUCCCUCCUUAUUCCCAUCAUCUGCACAGCGAGCACUUCUUGCUCACAUCGCUGCGAGCUAACGGGGCUGCGUCUGCUCCCUCAACGGCAGCGGGUAGGAAGCGGGCGUUGUUUUGGAAGCCUCCGCAGCCGUCAUGGAGGAUACGCUCACCUGCUGCAGCCAGGACGCCACCUUCUCUCAGGUGUUCGGGCGCCAGGGACAGCUGAUGCAAGCCACCGUCCAGUCGCUCAACAGCCUCAACGACCAGAUCGCCCAGUUCAUGUUGAGCCGGCCGUGGAGCCCGAGUGAUGACGAGCAUCACUUCCUGACCAGAGAGCAGGACGGGGACCCCUUUACCAAAUCCAUGACCCUCAUGAGACACCUGCUCAUGGAUGCGCAGGGGAAAGUCCUCAAAAUGAUGGAGGACAACAAGCAGCUGGCCCGCCACAUCGACGGGGCCAUCCGCUCGGCCGGCCAGGAAGUCAGCAACCUGCGUUCGGAGCUGACGGCCACCAACUGCAGGCUGGCCGGCCUUGGAGCCGGCGGCACGGCCCCCUUGGAGAACCACCACCACCGGCAGCACAAGCACCACGCCGACGGCCUCCGCUACCGGGAUCCAGCCGUGCAUCACAGGCAGAAGACAGUGGUGACUGACAUGUGCUACCCGGCAGAGAUUUCCAGCCUGAUGGACUUCGGCUCUCCCGACUGCUCGUUGGGCAAAGUGUUGUUGCACGAGGAGGUAGCCCAGCUUCAGGAGGAGGUGCACCUCCUGCGGCAAAUGAAGGACAUGCUGGGCAAAGACCUGCAGGAGGAGUCACAGGCAGGAGGAACCGCAGGUCUGCUCUCCGCAGCCGAGCUCCACGUACAGCUGGGCGACAAGGAACAGGAGCUGGACCGCGCGAAGGAGGCCUUACAAGCCAUGAAAGCCGACCGUAAACGUCUAAAAGGGGAGAAGGGCGACUUGGUGAGUCAGAUGCAGCAGCUAUACACAACACUGGAGAGCCGAGAGGACCAGCUCCGAGAAUUCAUACGCAACUACGAUCAGCACAGAAAGGAGAGCGAGGAUGCAGUGAAGUUGCUGGCCAAGGAGAAGGACGUGCUGGAGAGAGAGAAGUGGGACCUGAGGCGACAGACCAAAGAGGCCACGGAGCAGGCCAACAUCCUGCGCUCUCAGCUGGACAUGAAGGAGAACAGGAUCAAGGAGCUGGAGGCUGAGCUCACCAUGGCCAAGCAGUCUCUCGCCACGCUGACGAAAGACGUUCCAAAGCGCCACUCGUUAGCCUCCACCACCAACGCCGGCGCCGCCGAGCCCGUGGUCAACGGCAGUCAGGAGUGGGUGAUGCAUGCCGACCUGCCGCUGACCGCCGCCAUCCGGCAAAGCCAGCAGACCCUCUACCACGGACACAACGCUGACAGACAAGCUGUGGUCAGGAUCAGCCCCUGCCACUCGCGCCAGCCGUCUGUUAUCUCUGACGCCUCGGCCGCCGACGGGGACCGCUCGUCCACGCCCAGUGACAUCAACUCCCCCCGUCAUCGGACACACUCCCUCUGCAAUUCCAUGGAGGACCUGGAGGACCAGAAGCGUAAGAAGAAGAAGGAGAAGAUGACGCUAGGCUCCCUUUCGCGCGUCUUUGCCCGAGGGAAACAGCGCAAGUCCCUGGACCCGGGCCUGUUUGAUGGUACAGCCACACCCGACUAUUACAUAGAGGAGGAUGCCGACUGGUGAUACUGUGUGUGUGUGCGCGUGUGUGUGUGCGUGUGCGUAAAAUGGGCUUGUUUAGAUGGGAAGCAUCAAAUAAAAUUUAAAACAAUAAAACAAUGCAGAAAAGAGACCCACCAAAUGUAUAGUAUAUUACACCCUUCAGAUUGUAUGUAUGUAAAUGAUAUAUAUAUAUAUAUUUAUAGAUGUACAUGUAUGCAUAUGUACAGUAUAUGUUUACAUGCAUAUAAAUAUAUACAUGGGGUAAUUAUCAUGAGUAUUUGUAGACAUGCUGUACUAUCUUGUCUUGAUGUUGUUAUAUAUUUUUUUCAAAAACUGGAGACUUGAAGGACUGCUUUUCAUGUGCCGUUCGUGUGUAAAUAGGAAGAAUUUGUGUUUAUACUGUUUGUUUUUUUUUUUUUUUUUACUUUAUCACGCUUUACAGCAGAAUUUUAUCUAACAAAGUCCAUUUCACUUUUGAGUGGUGGUGGUGGUGGGGAGGGGGGACAGGCACGUGCUUCAUUUGAAUGCCCCAAAAUGGUUAUUUCUGCAAUUAUGUGUUGUCAUAUCAUAUCGCAAAGUGGGCCGCACUGAUGGGAUUUAAAAGAGAAUUGAUAAAUUACUGACCAUACCUAAUGUGACUCUCAUCCUGUGAAAAUGCCAUAUCUCCUCAAAUAGUGGCCUCAGCUCAGCAUGACCCAUCUCACCUCCAGUAAAUAAACCUUUUCCUCUCAAGAAAACAGCUAUAGUCCAUGAUACCAAUGGCAAAUGAUCGUUUUAUGUUGGUAUAAUGCAAUUUUAAAUAAUACAGUUUGUAAAAAUAGACAGUAUUAGUGUAUAUACUAUAACAUACAUUUUUAUUUUAUGGAUUUGAAUGAAGGAUCAAUAUUUGUCUAUGGUGGUGGAGAAAGGUAAAAUAUACAAAAUUAAAUAUGAUUAUGUAAUCUGUUUUGUUUAAAUACACUGAAAAAAAAAAUGGUGUGUGGAAUUCACUCAAUUUUAGUUUGACAAGUGGUUGCCACUGGAAGGUCUCUUCAUAAUAGGUGCUGUCCUGUGAAAAACACCUAUGUUUAAUUUUUAUUUUAAACAUUUUUACAUGAAUGGGUUGUCUGCGUUUCAUACAUUGCAUGAACAUAAACAUUUUUUUUAAAUUACAAACAGAACAGCGACGAUAUUCAAAAAUACCUGCAUAAUAUUAAAAUAAUAUUAAUAAAAUGCCCUGUGUAAAUAAGUCUGCUCUUAUAAAUAUAUAGUUUAAAAAUAGUUCUAAUUUUGGUAAGGGACACAUUUUAUCGUAUAGAAUGACAAUAAAUUUCAAUUCCAAUUUUUGAUUUUUUUUUUUUUUUUUUUACUGCCAUGUCUCUAAUAAAUGCCACUGUUUGAGGAAGUACGGUAAUUUAGUGUAGUCUCGCAUCUGCUGACUUCAUUUCUUUCCCGAGAGCUGUCUAACAUGAAUGAAUGUGUGAGAAAACAUCUGCAUUGCAUUGUUGUUUUUUCAUUCAUUCAUUCAUUCAUUGCCAUACAUCCAUUCAUCAAGGUUGCUUCAUCCCAAGAUACUUGCAUUGUAAAUGCAAGGUCCCUUGCUCUGCUCGUGUUGCUUUGUUAUCCUGUUUGUAUAAAACUCUCCGACCAUGUCUCUCUUUGAUGCUUUGUAAUUUAAGCACCAUGGAAUAAAAGAUGAAAUCUA